UCGAGUGAGGAGCGUGUUUCGGGGACCGGAAAAUCCGUGAGCACUGUCAGGUUACUCAAGCCACGCAGCACACACACACCCCAGCCAAAAAAAAAAGGAGGAAAAUCCUGCGAAAAACAGCAUACUCUGCGGAAUUUAAGAACAAUUAACAAGACUUCAGCGAAACUCCGCGGAAAAGCACACAAAUUAAAAACGCAGGAAGGCCCCAACAAAUUGAAUUUCGGGAAAAAACGUAGACUUUGCGUUUUUCCUACGGCUUUUUCCAUCGUUUUUUGGGCAGCGCGAAUAUCGAUUGCUGACUGCCUUGCAUAAGUCCACGAAGAUUAGUAUACAAACGCAGUCGAAAGCGUCUGGGAAAGCGAUUCAAAUGACAACGAACACCAAGCCGUAGUAAUUAUGUUUUUUAAUUAUCGGUAUUGAAGCUAUCAUCAUGGAGCAGCUGAAGUCAAGGAUUUCAAAGGCUGGCCCAGACAAUUGACACGAAAAAGAAACAGAAAACAAAAAGAACACGAUUUCCUAGGAUAUAUAUAGAAGUUGAAUUCUCCCGUGUGUGUGUGUGUGUGUGUCUGUGUGUGUGUUUGCCCCUGUUUCGCUUUUCUUUUCUUUUCCAUUUUAUUUCCUUUGUUGCCGUUUGAAAAUGGAUAUUGCCUUGCGUGGCACAAACACAGCAUCAUCAACAUCAACGACUGGAACUGGUCUGCAUCAUGCUGUGUCAUUGGGCAACAUUGAGGUCUCCACCAAGACCACCUACUCUAGCCACAUGGACCGCAGUUACGACUCCGAAGACGAACACACUGGUCGCCGAAGACUUCGGCACACACUCUCCACGGAGCUACAGCCUCGCACUUCAGUCUACUCACGCGGAGAUAUUAGGGAACAGUACUGCCUCACAGAUCGCCAGCUGCACAGCAUAGAGCAGCGUCCUAGGCGGGAACGAUUUUUUGGCUGCCUUUCGCGACGGGGUCAAACGCAAUCGGGCAGUUUUUUGGGCGGCUGCGUGGGUCGCCGAGUGCCCUCCGAUGAGAAUCUGGCCGCCUAUGCUCCAUUUGAAAAGUAUCCACGCUACCAAAACAGCUACACAGACACACACGAAUUGGAAAGUUCCUAUUUUCGCCGUCAGCCGGCUUCGAUUUUGAGCACUGGUAAAUCGAGUGAAUCGGAUCUGGGUGGCCGCUACACCUGGAUUGGUCAGCAGCAGGUGACCAACAACAACGCCGACUACCAGUCGGACCACAGCUCGUAUCACUGCCCCACAUACGCCACGAUGCCCACCACCCAUCACCAGCACCACCACCAACAGCAGGGCGGGAAUGUGAGAACCAAACACGUGAGCUUCGCCAGGUCCCACACACUCACCAGUUUCGACAAUGUGAAUGCCGGAUUUCGAUCCUCGGGGCGAUUGAAAACCGCCCGAAGUCAGGAGCGUUUAAUUGGGGGCAAGAAGCCCAUCAUUGCCACGGGUUCCAUGUACGAGACCCUCCAGCCACCGCUCCCAGGUCAGCAGCAACAACAACAGCAGAUGCAACCACAACAAAGCUCCACUCUGCCGAAAACCUGGCUGCCACCACCAGUUCAACUGCAACCCUGCCAGCAUCAUCAUGCCCCAAUCCACCUGCACCAGCCCAUUCCAGACAAUAUGGUUGGCCUGAUCAUACCACAGCCCCUGCCUUUGGCUCUUCCACUGCCCAGUCCCGAAGUUCUGAUCGUGGAGAAGAAGUUCCGCAAUGCCAUGAAGACGCAGGCCACCCAAACGGAUGCAGCUGCUCGACGUCAGGGUCAAGGUCAAGUCGGCUAUAAUACCCAAGUCCUGGCCCUAAGUCCUCGUCCACCGCAUCGGAUUAAGGUGGUUUCCCAGGGGGCUCAAACCAAUGGCCUGCAGAAUGGCAAGAAGCUAACGAAAAGCCUUUCCGAAAUACCCAAUGGCAAGGAAGUGCCAUCACGUCACUAUCAACAGGGAUCCAUUUACUCCCACGAGAUGAUCUACCGCACCCAGUCGCAGGAUGUGGUACCCUUGCAGACCCUCUCCGAUGCCCAGAACAACAUCAUGUACUACAAACCGCCUCCACCGUUGCUGGAUGCCCAUAGUUGCGGACUGGGAAUGGAGCACCUGAGCAGGACUCGUCCUUCGCCAUCUGAACAGAAUGUGGAGUAUGUGAAUGUGAAUGCCGCCGCGGUGGCCCUAAACGAAAGUUUCGACUACGAGAGCAACAGUUUGCCUCGACGAGCGUGUACCUCGCACACGGACUACUAUUCGAAUAGUUUACCCAGGCGACAGGAUGUGUGCAAGCAUGUUACUGAGUGCUCGGAACUCAUGGCCGAUAAUGUGCCCCUGGACUUUAGCCAAUCGCAUUUAUUGCCACCGCCAAGUGAGUACUGCAAGAACGACGACGAGGAUGUGGAGGAGUACUACGAGGAGGAGGACGACCAUCCCCAUGAAACGGAGAGCUACAGCUCGGAGGUCUGCAUGGAGCAGGCUGCCCAACAUCGCCGCAUGUCCAUGCUGCCCCAGAUGAUUGACUCCCCAUUUCGUCGCGAUGAUCUGAGGCGUCAAUCCAUGCCGGUUUAUGGCCAAACGGAGAAGCUCAUCGAUGGCUUCGGACCGAGGACUUCUUUUCGAAGACGCGACAAGGUCAGCUGCUUUCCGGAUGAACCGCCCGCUGCCCCAGAUCGAGAUGAGCAGGAGAUAUUUAUAGACUUUAAGCCACACAUCUCGCCAAAGCCGAGUCCCAAGUUGCAACUGAAGCACCGCAAGCAACACAAGGCGGAAAUUGCCAUGAAAAAGAUGCAGCAGCAGAGAAUGGCCCAAGCGGCAGCUUUAACCCUGCCAAAACCGAAGCCACAGCCAGUCGAAGUUGAGGUCAGAAAAGUUGAACUUGAGCCCAGCGAUGAGGAAGAGGACGAGGACGAUGUUUCCGAGCCCGAGGAGGAGGACGAGGAGGAGGUGGACGAGGAUGAGCAGAAGCUGGAGACGGAUCAUCAGGAGGACGAGGAACCGCUCUACGAGAACAUAACCCCUUGCGGUUGCCGCGUGGAUCCGCAACCGCAUUUGGAGGACAUCCAGGACAAGCGCUCUCAGUUCCGCAAGCGUUCGGUCAGCUUGGAUGACGACUACGAGGCCAAGGCCUCGGGAACUCCCACUCCUGGCCUCCGACUGCCAUCCACUCCGGCGAGUCCUUCCCGCGAUGAGCUGCUGGCCAAUGUCUCAACUUAUCCCUCCUCAGACUCGCUGGCCAACGACAAUACACGCGAUCAUUCCGAUGGCAUUUGGAAUGAGUCACAGGUCACUGUCUUGACGGCUGAACAGCGCGAUAUAUCCGAUGGCUCGUAUAGCUCCAAUUUGCUAUUGACUCCUUCCUCGAAAAGGAAGAAUCUACUGCUGCAGCACCAGCAGAGAAGCUCGGUGGACACCGAUGCCCUGGAUUUCGAAGAACAAAGCCCCACCUAUGGCCUACAAACACUGCCGAAGAUCAUCAAGACCCCCACACCAACCGCAUCCAGGCCUCCUUCCACUCAACCCUUGAUGCCACCGCCAGCCAUCGCGGUGACCCCAUCCUCGAACCAGGUUCUGGACACCUCCAUAAGUUCACCACUGCCCAAGAGGAUCAUGGUGGCCAGGGGAUCGGUCCCGGACGCCCGACAACUCAUGUUUAUGGGAGGAGCUGCCAAGCAAAGGCACUCGGAUGCCUCUUUCCUGCCAAUGGGCGCCACCGAUUACGCCCGGAGUGCGGAUAUUUCGGAGUGCAGCACGAAUACAGAUGAGUAUGCCACCUGCACGGACACCUCGAAGCGCACACCAGUUUCCACGCAAAGUUCGCAGUUGGAGAAGACACAUGCCGGGAGUUCCUUCGAAAGCGCCAGUUCGCUGUACUCCAUGAGGGAGGAUCUCCUGCAGCACGACGAGAAGCAGGCCACGCUGACCAAGUCCCAGUUGAAAUCCCCCAUUGGUUCGGUGGCGGAGUUGACCAGGAAGUCGCCCUCGCACUCCAUUAGUAGCACCACCUCUUCCGGCAGUUGUCCUGUCUCGGGAGCAGCCAUCAAAUCUCCGGCCAAGGAAAGUCAGCCACAGACGGUGGCCAGUUCGGGAACCACUCAAGUGAAAGUCAGUUCGGCGGAGAGUGCACCUCCAGGGCCAAAGCCCAAACCCGAUUCCAUUUCGGAAGAUGAACGCAGCGAGGUGCGGUAUUCCUCCUCUGGUUAUUACGAAAGUCCGCACGACGAGGACGACGAAGAGCAGGGAAUGCGAAGCAAAGCCCGUCGCAUUCGGCAGGAAGAUGAAAGGAAGAGGCGCAAAACCAGCAUGAAACUGGACAUCGAAAAGGAGAACAUGCGGGCCCUCACCAGUCCCAUUAAGAAGCCCACGGGAUCGAGCAAGGUCACUUCACCGGAACAGCAGAUCGCAGGAUCCUUGGACAAUGGCAGCAGUCCCAGCAAGAUGAAACGCUUUCGUCCUAAGAUUCGACGGCAGUUAAGGAAAAGUUCGCGGGAGGAUGUCCUGGCGGCGGCAGCGGGGCGAAGGAGUCGUGCCACGCCCACUAUCUUCGGCCUGAGCAGCGGCAGUGGCGACACCGAGUUGCUACUAGAUGCCAGCAUGGCAAGUGGCACUACAAGCACCGUUCUGGCAGGACCCUGCACCACCACAACCUCAAUAUCCUUGCCCUCAUCGACAUCGAAGGUAACUACUUCGGAGUCCUUAGUGAUCACACAAACAGAGGCUGUAGUUGUUCCAUUGACGGUGAAGAAACCACACAGCUGUGCCACGCCCACCUCACUGCUCUCCCCCAAACUGCCCACCAUCAGCAGCACGCAGUCGAAAUCCACUUCGGACACCUUUCAACUGAAAGCCAAGUCCAUCGAGUCCCUGCGCUCGGUGUCGCCAGGAUCCGAUUCGGUUUUCUACAGCGAAGCCGAUGGAAAUGCAGCCAGUGGCGAGCAGAGCCACUGCCUCCAUUGUGGCAAGGAAAUGGAGGGCAAGCAGCAGAGCAACACCAUCAGCGAACUGGCUGGCGACUCGGUGGAGUCGAUACCCUACAUCGAGCAGGACAUCGUCAAGCCGCCGUCGGACUUUGCCGACUCCCCAGUGACCACCAAGACCACCCAGCGUCUCUACAAGAAGAUGGACAAGCGGUUCCGCUCCGAGGAGCGAUACCACGGCGAAAGGGGCAGGCACUACAAGACCAGGCAGGAGAACAUCAGGGCAAAGAGCGAAGAACGUGGCCGCGCUCCCAGUUUGCCCAAUACCCCGGUAUUGCGUCCUGCUGGAUCUAGUCCUUGUGUCCUGCCAAAUAUCAACACUGAACAGAGCCAGCACAUCAUCUACAAAGGUCACUACGACGCAGGACGCUACACUCGACUGACCGAUGAUGACUUGUGGACUCAGUUGGACCAUCAGUGUUUUGAUCGUUCCAAGGAACGUCGAGCUUCCACGGAGUCGGAGAAAGGCUUCCAUGCCAAAUAUCAAGUGAUCUUGCAUCGCCUCGUCCAGCGCCGUUGUACCCUGGAAAUGUACCAUCGCCAGAAACACAACAGCUUUCGUAAGUCCAACGCACUUUGGACCAAAUGUAAAGAAAUAAGUGCGAAAAGUUUUAGGAAUAUUUUUGUGGUAUUUACACAAUACUCAGGCCAAAUGAUUGAAUUAAUAGCAUCCAAUUCCACGCCGGAUUCGAUUCGACGAAAGUUGGAGGAGGUCUUGAAAUUAAUGCUCUUGGUCUGGGCACGCGAAAGUUUUGUGAUAUCCACACUUAGCAAUGGUGCACAUGGAGUGGAUAAAACCGUGGUGGUCAAGAGCGAUUCCGGUGAAUUUGGCUUCCGUAUACACGGCUCCAAACCCGUGGUAGUGGCUGCCAUCGAACCGGAGACUCCGGCGGAGAGUUCCGGCCUGGAGGUGGGCGACAUCAUCAUCUCCGUGAAUGGCGUCCAAGUGCUGGACAAACAUCACACCGAGGUCGUCAAGAUAGCACACGAUGGCUGCGAAAAACUGGAGCUUCAGGUGGCUCGCACCAUUGGAGUUCUGAUGCACGAGCAACUGGAGCCACCAAGUCAACCCAUCUUUAGUGGCUAUUUGUGGCGACAGAGUGGUCAGGCCAAGGGAGCUCCGAACUCCAAGAAAUGGGUGCGACGUUGGUUCUCCCUGAGACCCGAUAAUUGCCUCUACUACUACAAAACUGAAGAUGACUCCCAGCCCGUUGGCGCCAUGAUAAUGGCCAAGCACACGGUGGACCUGUGUCCUGUGGACGUGGGCAAGCCCUUUGCCUUCAAAGUGGAUGCCGGCGAGGGAAUUCCCAUGUACGUGGCUGCCGAUUCCGAUGAGUUGGCUAACAGGUGGCUUCAACUGCUGAGACAAGCGGCCUCGCAGGACAACCAGUGGCUGGACAAAAGCGCGCGGUGCCUGUACCAGAGUCCCACCAACAUUCAGAGGCCCGACUGCUUCGGCUACCUCCUCAAAUUGGGCUCAAGGUGGUGCGGAUGGUCGAAACGCUAUUGCGUUCUUAAGGAUGCCUGCCUCUAUUUUUACCAAGAUGCAAAUAGCAAGAGUGCAUUCGGCAUGACCUGCUUGCACGGCUACAAAGUGGCCUCAAUGUCCGCGAAUGCAUCCGGCAAGAAGAACUCGUUCGAGAUAAUACCACCAGAAACCAAAUUGCGUCAUUAUUUUUUCUGCACCGAAAGCGAAAUGGAUAAGAAACGCUGGAUAUCCGCCUUGGAAUACUCCAUUGACCGCUGGAUAAAGUCCGGGUAACUAAGGUUAAAGACACGCUCCAGAUCGGCUCUGAGCAGCCGGCUCAAGCGUCGCAGUUUUAGCUACUUGAUGGAUUAGGCGGGACGAUUUGAUCUGUUCGACACUAGUACGGGUACUACCAACAACACUUAGAACUUAAGCCAAGCAAACCAAUUAGAUUUAGGCAUAGGCGAUUGCUUAGUCCAAGGAAUUUAGUCGGUCAUUCAAGUCGGGUUUAAAACUAUUUUGAACAAAGCGUACAUACACAAAUAUAUACACAUAUAGAGGAAUACGAUUGAACAUUUUUGGUGUGUAUUCUUGUUAUAUAGCUUACAACAAAUGGCAUAUAUAUAUAUAUACAAAACUUAUGUUUAGAGAGGUUGUCUUGUCACUUAUAUACAUAGAAUUUAUUUAGCCACAAAAAGAGAGAGAAACGAUCGUACAGCAGACCAAAUUGAUUGUCUAAUGUAUAUAGAAUUCGGCUAGGAUAAAUCCAAAUUGAAAUGAUUAGGUAUUCAAGGGCUCAAAUCCAGGCAAGGCAAGGCAAAUGGUUUUUAGAUAAAUGUCUAUUUACAGAAAGGGUAACACAGAAUACAAAAAUAACUCAAGCGAGACCAAAAUUCGAAAUUAUCAGAGUGUAACAGUUCGAAAAAUCAUUAUCGAAGGCCGAGAUAAGUUUCCCAUUUUCAAUAGCUGCUUCCAUCAAACAAAAUAAAAACAACAUUAUGUGAAUAAUUAACAACGGUUUUCGUCCUUAUUGGAAACGAUUAUUAGUUAGACACGAUUACGAUGUAAGCCAGAAUUAGUUAGCUUUUUUGAUAGGUUGGAUUUUUUAGGGAUCAUACUCACAAAAAACACACAUCAACGUUCACAGUAGAUCAAACAAUAAUAAAAUAGAGAUUAAUUCGGAAUCCAGUAGUUACUUUGUCAUAUAAAGAUAUGAUCUUUAAAAUGCUGAUUUCCUGUUUUUUUGGGUCAGUGUUCAAAUACCGAGAUUGAGUGAGGAUGCAACAAUUUUGAAGCUUCUUUUUUGUUUCUAUUAAGACGGUAGCGAAUAUAAAUAUAUAUAUAUUUUAUAUAUUUUAAAUAGAGAUUUCCAAUUCGGCGAGGCGAAAAAAAAAAGUUAGAUAUUUAAUGUAUGCAUUAUAUUGAUUGUAUGAUAUACAAAAGAGAGAGCCAUUUUAUGUUGUAAGUGGAAAACAAGAUAGCAAAAACAAAAGAAAACUAAAUAAGAGCUUUAAUUAUUAAAUAAAGAAUAUACCGAGAACAAA